UAGUAGAACAACAGUGUUGGUCUAGUUAGUUUUCGGCCCCAAAGUACUGUUCCCAAAUCCAUUUCAUCAUCGUCCUCUUCUAUGGCUGCACUGUUAACUUAAACCCCCAGUGCUCGUAAUUUCUAAUAAUAGAUAAUAAAGGAUCAGAUAUGGCCGAAACUAAUAGCAAAACCGGUUCGGUUCAAAAUUCCAGAGUGACGUGGGAAGGUUGCAGCGUCUUGCUUGAUAUCAACGAUGGCGAUCGUUUGGUUUUCGCUCGUCUAUCUGCCGCUGCGACAUUGAAAAUUGGGAAUAAGAAUUAUUCUCUGCAACCCUUGAUUGGUUGCUCAUUCGGUUCAGCUUUCCGCGUUGAAACUGGAAGCGGAGGGUCUUUUUUGUCUCGCUCCAGUCCCUCCUUAGAAGGUAACAAUGCUCAUGAAAAUAAUGGAUGUCAAUCAAAAGACGAGUCCAAGGACAAUCGAGCACUUGUUGAUGACAAUAAAGCUCAGACCCUAACUGGCGAAGACAUAGAUGCAAUGCGAAGAGAGGGUGCAACAGGUGAUGAUAUAGUUGAAGCUCUUAUUGCAAAUAGUUCGACAUUUGAAAAUAAAACAUUGUUCUCCCAGGAGAAGUAUAGAGUUAAAAAGCAAAAGAAAUAUGCACCCAAAGUGCUUUUGAGGCGCCCAGUUACUCGGAGUAUUUGCGAGGCUUAUUUCAAGAAAUAUCCUGCCAGAAUUGGAUUCUUGAGAGUGGAUACCUUAUCUCUUUUACUGUCAUUUGCUAAUGUCUCUGCAAAUUCUGACGUCCUUGUGGUUGAUAUGGUUGGAGGUUUGCUUACUGGUGCUGUGGCAGAAAGGAUGGGAGGUACAGGUCAUGUAUGUAGUACUUACGUUGGAAAGAUACCUUAUUCCAUAGAGAUAGUGAGAAUAUUCAACUUUGGGAAUGAUAUUUGCAAGAGCAUUGUUCGGUCUUCUCUUGAUGACCUGACUUCCUCCCAGAAGGGGGGCGUAGAACAAAUUGAUGAUUCUUCUAGUAUGAAAGGUGGCUUAGAUCAUGACCAAACAUCUUCGUCAGUGACCACAGAGGAAAUCUGUGUUGCAACUGAAAGUCAGAAAUCUAAUCUGGAGGAUGGCAAUUCUCAUGUAAUGAGAAGUUGCAAAUCUGCUAAAGCUGGAGAGAAAGCACCAGAAGAAGUGAUUAAAUUGUGGAAAGAAAAUGGUUUUUCUAGUCUAAUAGUUUCCGCACCAGAUCUGGAUACCUGGAGUUUAGUUAAAGAUCUCUUGCCCCUUUUAUCAAAUUCAGCGCCUUUUGCAAUUUAUCAUCAGUUUCUUCAGCCUCUUGCAACAUGCAUGCACAAUUUACAGCUUCAGAAAAUGGCAAUUGGAUUGCAAAUUUCAGAACCUUGGUCACGAGAAUAUCAGUUGACACAAUCAAAUGUUAAAGUUGAGACGCGGAUAAGUGGGCAGGCUGUAUCUGGACAGAGCAAAGUAUUUAAUGGUCAAAAGCACUCUGGACUUAGAAAGCAUAAUUCUAAAUCAAAAGUUCCCAGACAAUCCAUUGGAUCUCAAACGUUGAAAGUUGAGUGUCUUAAUGGUGUCAUUCCACCGAACAGUUGCCGCUAUGAUAGUUCUUUAGGUUUGUUAACUAGGAAAUUUGUCAAUUUGAUUCAUGAAGCUGAGGAUCGAACUCUUGAUUUGAACCAUACUGCAGACAUAUUAGAGGUUCAAAAGAGGAGGAUAUACGAUAUUACGAAUGUUCUUGAAGGAAUAGGAUUGAUAGAGAAAACUUCAAAGAAUCAUAUACGCUGGAAGGGAAAUGAUUUGUUGGGGAAACGGGAGUUGGAUGAUCAGAUUGCUGCAGUAAAGGCUGAAGUUGAAAGCUUAUACGCUGAAGAGUGCAGACUUGAUGAGGAAAUAAGGAGUAAACAAAAUCGGCUUUGGGCCCUGGAAGGAGAUGAAAACUGUCAAAAGUACCUAUUUUUUACGGAGGAAGACAUUUUGACUCUUCCAUGCUUUGAGAAUCAAACACUCAUUGCAAUAAAUGCUCCAAAAGCUAGUUAUAUUGAAGUUCCUGAUCCCGAUGAGGAUAUGAGUUUUCCACAAAGGCAAUAUAAAAUGAUUGUUAGAAGCACAAUGGGACCAAUCGAUGUAUAUCUUUUAAGCAAAUACCAAAGUGAAAAUGAGGACAUAACCACCAACCGAGCUACCUCUGAGGGUUUAUCUGCAUGGGAUGUUGGUUGUUGUGGAACGGAAGUUGAAGGGCUCUACUCAGAUCAUCUGGGUGAUCAAAAAAAUUCCGUGGAUAAUCUCAGCUCACUGGGCCCAAAGUCAUCCGGAAUUCAGAAGAUAAUUCCUUCUGAUGUUGAUGUAAACGAUGAUUAUUGGUUUGGAUCAGAUCCUGAAGUAACCAUGACAAGUCUUUGGGCAAAUGAGAAGUGGACGACACAAGCAGAUGGACUCUUUCAAGAAAAUACUGUUGAAACUAGUACAAAAUUAGAUCGGUGACAAGUUGACUGAGUCCCUCUCAUAACGAAAAAGUAAAUUAGUUGAAAUUUCCAGGUAAAAUGAAGUGGGGGCUCCUGAGCUUUGCUUCAAAUAUUUAAAAAGCAUAUUGUACAGUUGAAUGAUUCUUCUACUUUUUUUUUUUUUUUUUUUCAAGAUUUAUAUUUUACUAUAGAAACAUUAGACACGUACUGCAAUAAUCUUAUGAAGAAAUGUAGCUGCCGAAACCCAACCUAAAUACGGUUAACAAGAUGGGUUUCAGUAAGGAAUAAUCUUUAAGCCCUUUUCGGCUUUUUCUUGCAUGAGGAGAGGUGGAUUGCAUAAAGGCUAAGGCUAUAAUAUAUUAAAGUCUAUUGCUAUCUUUCAUUAUUUA